AUGGGCUGUUUGACCAAUGCCAUCAGCUAUACGUCAAUUCUCACAUCAAUUCUAGUUAUUGUGACAUCGCUUGGUUAUAUUCCCUAUAUGCUGAGUCGAAUGGAGCGAAUUGUCGGCUCGUUGAAGGCUCAUAGCGACGAGUUCGGGGCGCUCGAAAUGCGCGCGUAUGCUCAAUUCGAAGAGGUGCGUCGCGAAUUUCCGCGACGUCGGCGCGCCGCCGCCGCCGCCGCCAAACGUCAAACCGGCGUUUGCACGUGCGACACGCAAAGCGUAUGUCCCGGCGGGCCGAAAGGCGCUCCCGGCCACAACGGACUCGACGGGCUGCCCGGUCAGCCGGGUGCGCCCGGCGAGCCCGGCCAACCGGGCGUCGACACCGGCGACGAGUACGCGAAGGAGCGCGAUUGUCGACAAUGUCCGCCGGGACCACGCGGUCCGCCGAGCUACGGUGGCGAGCCGGGCGUGCCGGGACCGCCGGGCGCGCCGGGCGCCGACGGCACACCGGGACGACCCGGCAUCACCGGUCAGAUGGGGUUGGCCGGCGAGCCGGGACGCGAAGGCGCGCCGGGCGACAUGGGCGACGUCGGCGGACGCGGACGCGACGGCGUUCGAGGGACGAAAGGCGCCGCCGGCGACAAGGGACCCAACGGGCCGCCGGGCCAAAAGGGACCAUUGGGAUGGGCGGGACGCGACGGCAAUCAGGGACCGCAAGGGAUUCCGGGACCACGCGGCGAGCCGGGCGCGCCCGGCACCGACGGUUUCCAAGGAUUCGCCGGCAAUCCUGGAGCAGACGGCGCACCGGGAUCCGAUUCCGGGUACUGCAAGUGUCCAGCGCGAGGUGCCAUUAAUCGAUCGAUCAAAAAGCGAUUUUAUUAG